AAAAAAAAUUAAAUAAAAAAAAUAAUUUUCAAUUCAACGUUUGCGUCGCGAGAUAAUCGCGAUUAAACGUUGGCAUUUUUUUUUCUAUACAGCGCUAACUAACAGACUCUCCAUUUUCGUCCUUCUACAGCCUAUAAAUAAACAAAUUCUUGUGGUUUACGAAUUAUUAGACAUCAUGUCUAAACGUACGGCGGACGUUGGAGACGAACAUGCUCCUCUGAAGGGAGGUGUUCGUCCUGAGCCCAUGGACGUAGACGACAAGGACAUGGGCGAGUUCGCGGACGAAUUCGAGGACGAGUUUGAGAGCGAGGACGAGAUCUUCGAGGCUGGCGUUGACGGUAGACCCGACGCAGAGCGCGAGGCUGAGGAAAACGCAGCUGGCAACAUGGAUGUCGACGAUAGCACUUUUAUCGUCGGGCGCAACAAGCUUGAGGCUGGCCAACAUCUCGCCCCAGAUCUGGGCACUUACGAAAUGCUUCAUAACCUUAGUACCCCUUGGCCGUGUCUCUCUUUCGACAUCGUGCGCGACAGUCUUGGCGACAACCGGGAAAAGGUCUAUCCUGCCACCAUGUACACUGUCGCCGGUACCCAGGCCGAGAGCACACGCGAAAAGGAGAACCAGCUCAUGAUUAUGAAGUUUAGCGGCCUGAGCCGUAUGCAAAAGGACGGCCAGGACUCCGAAUCUGAGGAUGAUUCGGAUUCCGACGACGAAGAGUCAGAUCCUAUCCUCGAGUCCAAGUCCAUCCCAUUAACCUCGACUACGAACCGUAUCCGAAGCCACCAGAUCCCCUCGCAGGAUCCUUCGAAACCGCCCACCACUCUCACAGCGACCAUGACAGAGUCGACUAACAUCUUCAUACACGACGUUACACCCCACCUGGCGUCCUUCGACAGCCCCGGCACCGUUAUCACCCCCCAGCAGAACAAGCCGCUCUCCACCAUCCGAGCCCACAAGUCAGAAGGUUACGCCCUCGAUUGGUCACCUCUUGUGCCCGGCGGUAAGCUUCUAACCGGCGAUAACAAUGGUUUGAUAUAUGUGACGACGCGCACGGAUGGCGGGGGCUGGGUUACCGACACCCGCGCAUUCCAGGGACACACCAGCAGCGUGGAGGAUAUCCAAUGGAGUCCGCAAGAAGCGUCCGUGUUCGCGUCCGCGUCUAGCGACGGCACGGUGCGCGUCUGGGACGUGCGCAGCAAGAGCCGGAAACCCGCCAUCACGGUGCAGGUCAGCUCGGUGGACGUGAACGUGAUGUCGUGGUCGCGAUUAACGACGCAUCUCCUCGCGACGGGUGCCGACGACGGCGUGUGGGGCGUGUGGGAUCUACGGCAGUGGAAGGGCGGCGCGCAGAAGCCGAGCCCCAUCGCCAGCUUCAACUACCACAAGGAGCAGAUCACCAGCGUCGAAUGGCACCCCACGGACGACAGCAUGGUGGCCGUCGCCGCGGGCGACCACAAGGUCACCCUGUGGGAUCUGUCCGUCGAGCUGGACGACGAGGAGAGCAAGGACACGGCCGGCGUCAAGGACAUGCCGCCCCAGCUGCUCUUCGAACACAUCUCCGAACACGCCAAGGAACUCCACUGGCACCCCCAGAUCCCCGGUACCCUCAUUGCGACGGGCCAGGAGUUUAGCGUUUUCAGACCUAUACCGGUUGUUUACGGUAUUCACGCGAAAUAAAGCCUGUGAGCACAAGUCGAGAAAAUAAAUGAUUGUCCGGGGAAUACCGAGAUCUUCUUCACCAGAUAGAAGGAUGAAACCGGGGGAAGUGAGAACCCCUUAAUUCUCUCCAUCACGGAGUCAGGAUCUUUAGGCAUCAUAGGGAGAGUUGAGAACUAUCUACGGGUAUUAGUUUGUCAUCGCGCCUGAUGUCCUGCGUAAAGGGCAAUAUUCGGUAUACGAGUUGUCUCAACGAAGCUACUCGUUAGGUAUCUGGAUCUAGGUAAAUUCUGGUGAUAUCUACCUUACCUUGCCUACCUAGGUAUACAAUCUUUGCGCGUUAAAAAUAGAAUAACUAUACAAUACCACCAGUAUGUAUUGGGGUAUUCGCUCGGAUAAAAAAAGGAAGCCCGCAAUUAAUAGAACGAUUAUUCUCUGAGUUAUCCGUUGAUCGAUUUCUACGUGCUCACGGUAAACC